AUGUCUGACUUCACUGAGACUUUUGUAAACGAGGACACCCAGUCAGCAGAAUCAGCUACUUAUACCGAGUUAACUACUUCUUCUAACUGUCCAUCUACAUCAAAACGAAUGGACAAAUUGGAGGCUGAAAAUUUAAAUCUUCAAACUCGCCUUUUGACAGAGAUAGUAACUCAACGGAAAAUAUCAUCAGGAAAUAGAACUCGCGUGCUGCUGCCACCAAAACCGUUCAAGAACACAGAUGAUAUUGACAAGUUUGAAAGCAGCUUAAAUAAUUCAUCUGAAUUGUGCGAACAACUGGAGGCCGAAAUUCUGAACUACAACAUUGCUGACCCUUCCAAAUUUGUACGGACAAUUCUUAAGAAGAUAUUUACAGACGAACUUGCAACAAAAUAUUCUUGGAAAGGGACGAACUGCAAAAAAUGCAUUCUAAGCAUGACAUUAACAACAACAAUUAGAGGAGCUUUCAAUCAAAAAUUUUCGGUUGAUGAUAAAACAUUUCCAACAAUAUGCGGCAAAUGGUUCCAGACUGCUUCGGAUAGAAUUAAAUAUUAUAAUAAGUCAGUAAAUAAAGUAAAUAACUAGUAAAUUUUGUUUAAAAAUAAGAUAAAAAACUGAAAAUGA